GAGUGCAACAAUUGCAAUAACUGUGGUAAUGCCAGGUGAUAUAGAUAACUUGUAUUAUUCAACAUGUGGAAAGACAACAAACAGGCAACUUUUGUUCUGUUUAUUUUAUCAGGUCACUUUGAUCUCUUUUUAGGCUGUAUUUCGCCGUCCUAUAAUGCAAAUAAAGCAAUAGCGCACUGCUCGGACACCGAGGUCUGUCCCCCUGAUACGUCACAUUGCCACCAAGAACAUCCAAACAGAAGAUACGGCACAUGCUGUCUUGGGUGUGGUAUUGGUGUGCCUGAACCAAAGAGGUCAUGCAUGAAACGCUCCGACUGCAAAAGCAAAGACCGGUCAAAACGUUAUAGGUGCACUAAACCUGGACACAAUGUGAAAGCUCGUGGCGUAUGCUGUGAAAAUAUACGUGGCUAUUAGAUGAUGAAUAUACAGACGCAGUAUAACAAAUAGAGAAAAUGAACAACAACAUAUUUCAUCUCCGGAUUACAAACGCCUCUAUAUUACAGUCGGAAAAUCAUGUGUUAUAACAUGUAAACCAGAAGGAUAUCAAUCUUACAGGAUUGCUUAAACGAUCUAAUAAAAAUGUGACAUGAUAAAUCAACAUUGUAUUUGUAAAGAUUUACUGUAUUUGUCCUCGUGGUGUUAAUUUUGUUAAAACUCUGGUAAUCAUCUUCGUUAAAGGUGUUUUCUUGAAAUAUUUACAGAAAUACAGUGCACCUUACAUUAAA